AUGUGUCAAAGAGCAGCCAGUACCCUCCGUUAUAUCUUUGCAUAUUUAUUAUGCUCAGUGUGUUUCUCGUCCAGUGAGACACGGGGCGACACAUCCACCCAGAGCGGAGACCCCAGCACUGCCCGGAAAGCUUAUCACAAAGCCAUCAAAACGGAAACGAAAAAUAAUUUAACUAUAGCCGUGUCUGGCAAAAGUUUAAAAAGAAUCAAGUUACGAGCACUUGCUCUCCCGGGUAACCUUCCUUUGUCCGACAUACCCGGGGUAUCGACGUCUGUACCUCCGUUGCCACCGUCUUCCACUAUGCUUAACCGGACUCUUUCCGAAGUCCUUACCCGGGUUUCCUCCAAUGGCAGCGGGGUAACACGGGAGACGGCGGCCGUGGAUUACACAGCCGUCUCCGUCGUCCCGUCAGAAGACUAUGUCCACAGGGACCUUCCCUUACCGCUUCUGAUAGCAAGCCCCGUUGCUGCAGUCAGCAUCAUCAUCUUUGUGUGCGUGGCCUAUUACUGCCAUUCCUCUCAGUUGGACGCUAGGGCCCGGCAGCUGGCCCUCAAAUAUGCUGUCAUAUCCACAGAACCCCCGGCUUGUAGCCGCGGGAUACCAUCAACGUCGAGUGUUGACAUGGAUCUAAUUCGAAAGACUUCUCUACGGCCCAGCACCAGUAGGACUUCCACCCCUAACCCUACCCCUAACGGGUCGAAGAGAGGCUCUAUGAACUGGGUUGCUAUUGGCGACCAAGAGGUUAUCACCUACACAGCUGCCCGCAGGCAUUCUACAUUUAUUCUUUGA